AUGCGUUUAUUCGUUGGUUACAAAUCAUCAAAUCAAAGCUUUAAACAAUUAGAAGUAGAAACCGAAAGAGGUGAUGCCGGUUAUCUUCAGAUGGAUUGCGCCCGUGAAUCUUUCGCAUUUGCAACAUAUAAACCAAAAUCAGAAAGGAAAGUUAAAAAGUUUGUUCAUUCGUUAUAUAAUAAUGUUCAAAAAUAUGAUAACUCAGUAUGUGGUAAAUAUAUUGACCCUUCAGAAGUUUUCAAGAAAGCAAAUGAAGAAGUUGAUGUCACUUUUGAUAUGAUUAUUCCGGUAAAUGAUUUGUUAGCAUUUCAGGCGUUCGAUGAUUAUCCUAAAUCAUUUGGUGAUAUCAUUCUUAAAUAUUAUGUUUUCAGGGAUACUUUAGUAUUUUGUCAGGUUGACCCGUUAAGAGUUGCUGAUUUACAAAAUUACGUUUAUGAAAAGAUAACUGAUGAAAAUUAUGAAAAGAUUAUGAAUCAUGUUUAUAAAUAUGAUCGCAAAUUCCAACAAAUCGGACUUCCUACCAAAUUAAUUACAAGCUUAGCCGCUACAUCUGCUGACGCAACAGUUGAUGACGUUAUUAUUUCAUGCACAAAGAUGGAAGUUUUAGAGGAUAAAUGCAUUACACCAGGAUACGGUUUAAUUGAAGAAUCAGUUAAAGCACUACCACGUUUAUUCAGUAAGGAAGAUCCAUUCAUGAUUCCAGCUCAACAUAUUGACGUUCGUUCACUAAAUGGAGGUUGCAUCACUCCUGAAGGUAUCAGCUCAGAUUUCUCAUACGCUCUUCAUAAUGUUGAUGGAUUAGAAACUUUCAACUCACAAGUUACAGUACAAGUGAAAGCUUAUCCAAUCAUUCAGGGUGAAAAUGACACUUACUGUUCAAAGGUGACAAAUCCUCCUCAGGUUUGGUUUACUAGGACUACAUAUUGGACAUGGACACCGGAUGAAGGUUUGAAAUAUCAUCCAACAGGUACACCACCACAGUAUAGAAGUUCAUAUGAUGAAAUAUUGAUGAAUAGAAAUGUUUAA